AGUGCGACGGAGGUUAAUGUUCGGUAAAAAUCGGAAAAAUUUGAAGCGACCAAUGAAAAAUCUUCUCUCAUAAACUGUUUGGCUUCACAUUUCACCACCAUUUUUCAAAAUCCGACAAGCUUCAUAAUAUUUCAACUUGAGAUCCCUGACGCUUCAUUUAUUCACUGAUUAGAAUCAUGCAGGUGUAUGGUUUUAUAUUUUUGUUCCUUCUGUCCGCAAGUUUUGUGGUCGCCGUGUUUGCUCCUCCUCCUGAAGAUAGACUUACGUACAGCAAUUUCCUGCACACUUGUAUGAAUACAGUGUUGGAUGUACAACGGUGCAUAGCUCAAGAAGACGAAGAUGAUUCGGAUGUAGAUUUGGCUGUGGAAAGGCUGGAAGCUGUGCAGAGGAACAUUCUUCGUGUUGCAUAUGAAUGGGAUGAAUGCCAGCCAUUAAGUAACCUUAUCCAAUCCAUGAUUACUGCCCUUCGGAACGAACAUCAACAUCAGGCCCAGAGUCAGAGACAGGGUCAGGGACAGCCGGGUGGUGGUGGUGGUGGUGCCACUGCCGCCACUGCCAGUAGUGGCACAGACACACCCAGUUUGCUCAGGAGGCAGAUGAGUGGCUUUCACCCUCCACGUGUUAGAAAUGGACGAAUGGGACCUCCAGUUUACGACAUUUCCCAAUCACAACUUGAACACCUUUUUGACCUCGACUUCACUGUCCCCAGGAUUGCUGCAAUGUUGCAUGUAUCUGUCGCAACAGUUCGUCGAAGAUUAAGGUUCUUUAAUUUGUCAUAUAAAGAUAGACGAACUCUUAUUAGCGAUGCAGAAUUAGAUGGAAGGGUCCAAAGCAUAUGUUCAUCAAAUCGGCGUCUUGGAUAUCGACUUGUUCGUGCAAGGCUUGUUGUGGAUCGCAUUUUCGUAUCACGUCAACGGGUGAGAGAUAGUCUUUUGAGGACAGAUCCAACUUCAGUAGCUCUAAGGUGGAGUCAAACUAUCAGGCGUAGGACAUAUCAUGUUGCUGGCCCUAAUUCUCUUUGGCACAUAGAUGGAAAUCACAAGUUGAUUAGAUGGGGCUUUGUAAUACAUGGAGGGAUCGAUGGAUACAGUCGUUUAAUGGUUUUUCUCUCCGUUGUUUGCAACAACAGGGCUGAAUCUGUGAUGACGGCAUUUCAGGGUGCAACUGCUGAAUACGGGGUACCAUCUCGUGUUAGAGCUGAUAGAGGGACAGAGAAUAACGAUGUUGAACAUUUCAUGAACAUUUUCAGAGGUCGUAAUCGUGGUAGCAUGAUCAGGGGCAGAUCAGUGCAUAACCAGCGUAUUGAACGUUUUUGGCGUGACUUGUUACAUGGAUGCACUCAUGUCUAUUACGACUUGUUUCAUUUCAUGGAAGAUGCCGGCAUUUUGGAUGUAAGUGACACUAAUCAUAGAUGGGCAUUGCAGUUUGUGUAUAAUCCCAGAAUUCGAAGGAGUGUGGAAGAGUACAGGCAGCAAUGGAAUCAUCAUCAGCUGUCUACUGAGCGAGGCAGUACUCCAAUACAGCUGUAUGUUGAGGGUCUAUUCAACCUGUACGGGACGUCACGCCCUCAUGUUGAUGACAUAUUUUUUGCAAAUGACAAUAUUCAGCUGAACAAUAUUGAAUCUUUUGGUAUUGACUGGGAAGGUCCAACUCCUAAUAGUACAGGUACAACUACUGUCAAUGUUGUUGAGCCUGAUGGCCCUCUUUCCGUGCAACGUUUAACUGUUUUGCAGCAAACAAUUUCACCAUUGGGAGAGACGGUUGAUGGACAUGGCAUGGAUAUAUACCUAAAUGUGUUGAAUUUCAUAAGUCAGUCUUGAACGAUGCAGCUGUCAGUGUAAGCAGAGGA